CUUUGGUGACUGGUGGUUGCUACAUUUGAAUACCAUUGCUUAUUUAAACAUCUAUCUUCACUUUGAUUUUCCAUCUCUCUCUCUCUCUCUCUCUCUCUCUCGUGUUUUAUCUACAUCAAAGAUGGAGUCAGAAAUGGUGAUGGUGGAUGAUAUCCCUUUUCCUCCACAGAUCACAACCACCAAGCCUUUGUCUUUGCUUGGACAUGGAAUUACCGACAUCGAGAUUCAUUUUCUGCAAAUCAAGUUCACCGCCAUCGGAGUUUAUAUCGACCCUGUGAUCCUCACUCAUUUGCAAAAAUGGAAGGGUAAAUCAGGAACCGACUUGGCUGAAGAUGAUGACUUCUUUGAUUCUAUUAUUUCAGCACCUGUUGAUAAAUACUUGAGAAUUGUGGCGAUCAAAGAGAUCAAGGGUUCACAAUACGGGGUACAACUCGAGAGUUCGGUGAGGGACCGAUUGGCAGCUGACGACAAGUAUGAAGAGGAGGAGGAGGCCGCCCUCGAGCAAAUUGUCGAGUUUUUUCAGUCCAAAUACUUUAAAAAGGAUUCGGUAAUCACGUUUAGUUUCCCGGCAGCAUCAAACUUUGUUGAGAUCGGGUUUUCAAGUGAAGGGAAAGAAGAACCGAAGGUGAUAAAAGUGGAAAAUGGGAAUGUUGUAGAGAUGAUAAAGAAAUGGUACUUGGGUGGCACCACGGCUUACUCUCCUUCAACUAUUUCUUCUUUGGCCAACACUUUGUCUUUGGAGUUGUCUAAAUGAUUUCAAAAUUCAAUUCUCUUUUGUGUGUAUCCCUAAUUGAAUUAUCUAAAAUAAUAAUUUAAUUUUAAGUUCAAGGUUGAUUUA